AACUAUCUGUCUCAAUGGCUGCCGUCAAAGCUCACGAACUCCGCAACAAGAACAAGGCCGAGCUCUUGAAGGUUCUCGAUGAGAAGAAGCAGGAACUUGCUUCUCUCCGUGUCCAGAAGGUUGCUGGUGGCUCUGCCUCCAAGCUCCAGGCCAUCGGUGAGGCUCGCAAGAACGUUGCCCGUACCUUGACUGUCAUCAACCAGACCCAGCGUGAUCAGCUCCGUCUCUUCUACCAGAAGAAGAAGUUGAUCCCCAUCGAUCUCCGUGUCAAGAAGACCCGUGCUCUCCGCAGAGCCUUGACUCCCUAUGAGCGUAGCCUCAAGACUGUCAAGUACCAGAAGAAGCAGGCUCACUUCCCCAUGCGCAAGUACGCUGUCAAGGCCUAAAUUUAGGAUUUAAUGAACUACAGUGGUCAUUCUUUUCUUUCUUUCUUCCUUCUUUCUUCUUCUUUUACUUUCAUUGAUAAUAAAUAAGAAGUAUAAAUUUAAAAAUAAUUUUUACUAUUAAUAAUUAAAAAUAAUGAUAAUAAU